CUGUAAUCCCAGCCACCAGCUGAGGCAAGAGAAUCGCUUGAACACGGGAGGCAAAGGUUAGAGUGAGCCGAGAUGGUGCCACUGCUGCACUUCCGCCUUGGUGACAGAGCAAGACUGUCUCAAAAAACAAACAAAAACCAAAAAAGAGACGCCAGAGUCAUGUGUGCUGAUGGGGACCAGGAUCUCCACAUCUAAGCAUGCCCCUUCUCCAGGAGCCUCCUCCCUUCCUGAUGAAAGCACACCCUCCCCUCCAUCCUCUGUUCCUUUAUCCUGCUGUCCUUUUCUUCAUAACACUUAACCACCUUUGAACGUGCUACAGACACAACAUGCGUUUGUCUAGCAACUUGGUUAUCUGACUCUCUUCCCUAGAAUUUUAGCUGUGAGAGGCCGAGGCUGCUGUCUGCCUGGCUGUGGCAGCCUUCCUGGUGUCUAGCACAGUACCUGGCCGGUUGCAGGGGCUCAGUGAAACAUUCGUUGGCUGAAGGGAUGGAUGAAUGGCUCUAGCGGAAGGGCAGAAACUAACGACGCAGGAAGAGAGAGGCGGGGGGGCAUCCAGAGCCAGGGCCUGGCACGUGUGUCCUCCCUGAUUGCAGAGGAGGAGAGAGGCUGCACUUUGAGGGGUGGAAAGACAGGUGAAUACCCCUGCUGGUCAUCUGCUUACUGCAGCUGUGUGGGUGUGAGGUGUGUGAAAGAGUGGUGUGGAGCAUGUAAAGAGAGCCUUCCAGGAGGCAAAGGGGAUUGCCAGGUGGUUUGUGAUGAUAAAUGCAGAGCUCCGGUGCCAUGCAGCCUGCUUCUGUGACUCUCCCCAUCAGGCGCAGGCACAGAGUAGGCGGAGAGUUGAGCCAGAACUGCGAUGCCUUUGGCACGGCCUCUCAUCUGUCAGAUGGGAGCAGGGACCCCGGGACAGAGAGCCAGCUCGAGGUCCCAGCAUUCCUCCUGAAUCCCCAACUGUGGGUUUCUGGUCCUGUGUUCCUUCUCCUCCGACUAGAUGGCUUAGUUGACCUCUAAGAAAGUGGGCGUGCACAUUCGGAGAGCUCUCUGGGGUACAAGACUGGGCUGUGGGGUUCCCUAAACUGGGACCAUCUUAAAGCAAGGCCCAGGUUGCAGCAGGAAAAGCUACAGACCGCCCACCCCAGCCACAGCCCCUGCCCUGGCAGGAAGCUCCCAAGAGUAAACACUGCCUAAUCGUCCCGCCCAGCGAGCAGGCCUGUCCCAUCUCACACUGACCAGAUUCCCAGUCACCAAGGCCACCCCUCAGUCCACUCCACUCCGCAGGGUGGCUCUCCUGAGGAUGCGCCAGCGUCACCCCUGGGCAAGAUGCCCUCCCUUCUGUGUGGCCGGAAUCCUUGCCUGUGGCUUUCUCCUGGGCUACUGGGGACCCUCGCAUUUCCAGCAGAGUUGUCUUCAGACUUUGGAGCCAGAGACUGUGUCCUCUUACUUGAGCCCUGGUGCUCCCUUAAAAGGCCACCUUCCUUUACUCGGCUUCCAGAGGCAGAGGCAGAGGCGGGCUGCAGGCAGCAUCCUACACCUGGAGCUGCUGGUGGCCGUGGGCCCCGAUGUCUUCCAGGCUCACCAGGAGGACACAGAGCGCUAUGUGCUCACCAACCUCAACAUCGGGGCAGAACUGCUGCGGGACCCAUCCCUGGGGGUUCAGUUCCGAGUACACCUGGUGAAGAUGGUCAUUCUGACCGAACCUGAGGGUGCUCCCAAUAUCACAGCCAACCUCACCUCGUCCCUGCUGAGCGUAUGUGGGUGGAGCCAGACCAUCAACCCCAAGGACGACAUGGAUCCUGGCCAUGCUGACCUGGUCCUCUAUAUCACCAGGUUUGACCUGGAGUUGCCUGAUGGUAACCGGCAGGUGCGGGGGGUCACCCAGCUGGGCGGUGCCUGCUCCUCAACCUGGAGCUGCCUUAUUACUGAGGACACCGGCUUCGACUUGGGAGUCACCAUUGCCCAUGAGAUUGGGCACAGCUUCGGCCUGGAGCACGACGGCGCACCCGGCAGCGGCUGCGGCCCCAGCGGACACGUGAUGGCUUCAGACGGCGCCGCGCCCCGCGCCGGCCUCGCCUGGUCCCCUUGCAGCCGCCAGCAGCUGCUGAGCCUGCUCAGGGCAGGACGGGCGCGCUGUGUGUGGGACCCACCGGGGCCUCAGCCAGGGUCUGCGGGACGUCGGCCUGAGGCGAAGCCUGGUCUCUACUACAGUGCCAACGAGCAGUGCCGCGUGGCCUUUGGCCCCAAGGCUGUCGCCUGCACCUUUGCCAGGGACCACCUGGAUAUGUGCCAGGCCCUCUCCUGCCACACAGACCCGUUGGACCAAAGCAGCUGCAGCCGCCUCCUCGUCCCUCUCCUGGAUGGGACAGAAUGUGGUGUGGAGAAGUGGUGCUCCAAGGGCCGCUGCCGCUCCCUGAUGGAGCUGACCCCCAUAGCAGCGGUGAAUGGGCACUGGUCUAGCUGGGGUCCCCCAAGUCCUUGCUCCCGAUCCUGCGGAGGAGGUGUGGUCACCAGGAGGCGGCAGUGCAGCAACCCCAGACCUGCCUUUGGGGGGCGUGUGUGUGUUGGUGCUGACCUCCAGGCCGAGAUGUGCAACACUCAGGCCUGUGAGAAGACCCAGCUGGAGUUCAUGUCGGAACAGUGCGCCAGGACAGAUGGCCAGCCGCUGCCCUCCUCCCCUGGCGGCACCUCCUUCCACCACUGGGGCGCUGCUGUGCCACACAGCCAAGGGGAUGCUCUAUGCAGACACAUGUGCCGGGCCAUUGGCGAGAGCUUCAUCAUGAAGCGUGGAGACAGCUUCCUGGAUGGGACCCGGUGUGUGCCAAGUGGCCCCCGGGAGGACGGGACCCUGAGCCUGUGUGUGUCGGGCAGCUGCAGGACCUUUGGCUGUGAUGGCAGGAUGGACUCCCAGCAGGUAUGGGACGUGUGCCACGUGUGUGGUGGGGACAACAGCACGUGCAGCCCCCGGAAGGGCUCUUUCACAGCUGGAAAAGCUGGAGAAUAUGUCACAUUUCUGACGGUUACCCCCAACCUGACCAGUGUCUAUGUUGCCAACCACAGGCCUCUCUUCACACACUUGGCGGUGAGGAUUGGAGCACGCUACGUGGUGGCUGGGAAGUCGAGCAUCUCCCCUAACACCACCUACCCCUCCCUCCUGGAGGAUGGCCGUGUCGAGUACAGAGUGACCCUUACUGAAGACCGGUUGCCCCGCCUGGAGGAGAUCCGCAUCUGGGGACCCCUGCAGGAAGACGCUGAGAUCCAGGUUUAUAGGCGGUACGGCGAGGAGUAUGGCAGCCUCACCCGCCCAGAUGUCACCUUCACCUAUUUCCAGCCUAAGCCACGGCAGGCCUGGGCGUGGGCCGCUGUGCGCGGGCCCUGCUCGGUGAGCUGUGGGGCAGGGCUGCGCUGGGUAAACUACAGCUGCCUGGACCAGGCCAGGAAGGAGCGGGUGGAGACUGCCCGGUGCCGAGGGAGCCGGCAGCCACCAGCGUGGCCACAGGCCUGCGUGCUCGAACCCUGCCCUCCGUACUGGGCGGUGGGAGACUUCGGCCCGUGUAGCGCCUCCUGUGGGGGUGGCCUGCGGGAGCGGUCAGUGCGCUGCGUGGAGGCCCAUGGCAGCCUCCUGAAGAUGUUGCCCCCAGCCUGGUGCCGAGCAGGGGCCCAGCAGCCAGCUGUGGCAGAAACCUGCAACCCUCAGCCCUGCCCUGCCAGGUGGGAGGUGUCAGAGCCCAGCCCACGCACAUUUGCCCAUGGAGCAGGCCUGGCCUUGCAGAACGAGACCUAUGUGCCAGGGGCAGAUGGCCUAGAGGCUCCAGUGACUGUUGGGCCCAGCUCCAUAGACGAGAAGCUGCCUGCUCCUGAGCCCUGUACCGGGAUGUCAUGCCCUCCAGCCUGGGGCCAUCUGGAUGCCAUCUCUGCAGGGGAGGAGGCUCCCUCCCCAUGGGGCAGUACUAGGACGUGGACUGGAGCUGCACCUGUAUGGACCCCUGUGGCGGGGCUGUGCUCCGUCUCCUGCGGGCGAGGCCUGAUGGAGUUGCGUUUCCUGUGCAUGGACUCUGCCCUCAGGGUGCCUGCCCAGGAGGAGCUGUGUGGCCUGGCAAACAAGCCCGGGAGCCGGUGGGAGGUCUGCCAGGCUGUCCCGUGCCCUGCUCGGUGGGAGACCCGAGCGUUGGCUCCAUGCCCGGUGACCUGUGGAGGGGGGCGGGUGCUGCUGGCUGUGCGCUGUGUGAGGCUGGACCGUGGCCGCCCUGUUCCCCUGCCUCACUCCAAGUGUGGGCCAGAGCCCCGGCCCAGCUCCCUUGAAGUCUGCAGCCCAGAGCCCUGCCCCGCCAGAUGGCGGUACAAGCUGGCGGCCUGCAGCGUGAGCUGUGGGGGAGGGGUCGUGCAGAGGAUCCUGUAUUGUGCCCGGGCCCAUGGGGAGGACGAUGAUGAGGAGAUCCUGUUGGACACCCAGUGCCAGGGGCUGCCUCGCCCAGAACCCCAGGAGGCCUGCAGCCUGGAGCCCUGCCCACCUAGGUGGAAAGUCAUGUCCCUUGGCCCAUGCUCAGCCAGCUGUGGCCUUGGCACUGCUAGACGCUUGGUGGCCUGUGUGCAGCUCGACCAAGCCCAGGACGUGGAGGUGGACGAGGCGGCCUGUGCGGCUCUGGUGCGGCCGCAGGCCAGCGUCCCCUGUCUCAGUGCUGAUUGUACCUACCACUGGCAUGUUGAAGCCUGGACGGAGUGCUCUGUUUCCUGUGGGGAUGGCAUCCAGCGCCGGCGUGACACCUGCCUGGGACCCCAGGCCCAGGAGCCUGUGCCCACAGACCUCUGCCAGCACUUGCCCAAGCCGGUGACCGUGCGUGGCUGCUGGGCUGGGCCCUGUGCGGGACAGGGGAUGCCCAGCCUGGCACCCCACGAAGAAGCCACUGCUCCAGGACAGACCACAGCCACCCCUGCUGGUGCUUCCCUGGAGUGGUCCCAGGCCCAGGCCCUGCCCUUCUCCCCAGCUCCCCAGCCUUGGCGGCUCCUGCCUGGGCGCCAGGAAAGCCCAGCGCAGUCCAGUGCCUGUGGCAGGCAACUCCUUGAGCCGACAGGAACCAUUGACAUGCGAGGCCCAGGGCAGGCAGACUGUGCAGUGGCCAUUGGGCGGCCCCUUGGGGAGGUGGUGACCCUCCGUGUCCUUGAGAGCUCUCUCAACUGCAGCGCGGGGGAGAUGUUGCUGCUUUGGGGCCGGCUCACCUGGAGGAAGAUGUGCAGGAAGCUGUUGGGCAUGACAUUCAGCUCUAAGACCAACACGCUGGUGGUGAGGCAGCGCUGCGGGUGGUCGGGAGGCGGCGUGCUGCUGCGGUACGGGAGCCAGCCUGCCCCGGAAACUUUCUACAGAGAAUGUGACAUGCAGCUCUUUGGGCCUUGGGGUGAAAUUGUGAGCCCCUCACUGAGUCCAGCCACAAGGAAUGCAGGGAGCUGCCGGCUCUUCAUUGAUGUGGCUCCGCACGCCCGGAUUGCCAUCCGUGCCCUGGCCACUGAUGUGGGCACUGGGACCGAGGGAGCCAAUGACAGCUACAUCUCGAUCCGGGACAUCCACAGCUUGAGGACCACAACAUUCCGUGGGCAGCAGGUGCUUUACUGGGAGUCAGAGAGCAGUCAGGCUGAGAUGGAGUUCAGCGAGGCCUUCCUGAAGGCAAAGGCCAGCCUGCGGGGCCAGUACUGGACCCUCCAAUCAUGGGUGCCAGAGCAGGACCCUCAGUCCUGGAAGGGAAAGGAAGAACCUGACGGUCGUUGAACAUCUGUUACGUGUCUGGCCAGCCCUGGAGGGUUGACCUCUGGUCUCAGUGCUUUCCAAUUCUAACUUUCUCCAAUCUUAGAGAUCUACUUGAGCGUCCUCUCCAAUGUCCAAAAGGCUAGGGGGUUGGAGGUGGGGACUUUGGAAAGGCAGCCCGCAUUUCCUCGGGUACCAAUAAAUAAAACAUGCAGCCUGACCGGCGUUUUUUUGUUAUAA